AUGCGGUUCGGACCAUAUAACCUUGCAAUCACCCUAUUGAUAUUUUUGCAAUGUAUCACCAACGUGUCUGCUGAACAUACAAAUAACUGGGCAGUCCUGGUCUCCACAUCAAGGUUCUGGUUUAAUUACAGACACAUGGCCAAUGUGUUGAGUAUGUACAGAACGGUGAAGAGAUUGGGGAUCCCUGAUUCACAAAUCAUCCUGAUGUUGAGCGAUGAUGUGGCUUGUAAUUCUAGAAAUUUAUUCCCCGGAAGUGUAUUCAAUAACAAGGAUCAUGCAAUCGAUUUGUAUGGGGAAAACGUAGAGGUCGAUUAUAGAGGCUACGAAGUCACAGUGGAAAACUUUAUUAGACUGUUAACUGAUAGGUGGUCUGAAGAUCAACCUAAAUCGAAACGAUUAUUGACAGAUGAGAAUUCAAAUAUCUUCAUAUAUAUGACAGGUCAUGGUGGAGAUGAUUUUUUGAAGUUCCAAGAUGCUGAAGAGAUUGCUUCAGAGGAUAUUGCAGAUGCUUUUGAACAAAUGCACGAAAAGAAGAGAUAUAAUGAAAUUUUCUUCAUGAUUGAUACUUGUCAGGCCAAUACCAUGUAUUCCAAAUUUUAUUCUCCAAAUAUAUUAGCCAUAGGAUCCAGUGAGAUUGAUGAAAGUUCCUAUUCUCAUCAUUCGGAUGUUGAGAUUGGUGUUGCUGUCAUUGAUAGGUUCACUUAUUAUACAUUAGAAUUCUUGGAAAAGGUGGAGAAAAAUUCGACAUUGACAUUACAGGACUUGUUCGACUCUUAUACUUUCGAGGACGUCCAUUCCCAUUAUGGUGUCAAGAAGGAUUUAUCGGAUAGGGAUCCAAAAGACAUGUUAAUUACUGAUUUUUUUGGAAACGUGCAAAAUAUGAUACCAGAUAAUAUUUCAAACCCUGAAACAAUCAAAAAGUAUUUAGAUGAGGAGGAAACUAUUCUUUCUAGAAAUGUUUUAAACUUAGCCAUUGAGAAAAGCAAACAAGAAACUAGCACGUCAACAGACUCACUAAACAAGAUUAAAAGAGUGGGUGCUAUAAAUGAUGACAUUGGUCACUCUAAGAACGAAAAUACUGAAUCUUAUUCUAUCAUAAUAAUGGGGUUGAUAUCUCUGUUGGUUGUAUUGGGACUCAUAUUGAGGCCAGCCUCGAAAGCUCAAUCCAUCGAGAGUAGUUUAUAA